AUGUCGUCGCUAUCUAGUGCGCGCUGUUCGGUGACAGUGGUGGUGGUGGCGUUGUGUUUGAUUUCUUUGGCGUUCGGUGCACCUUCUGCGUCGUCGCCAGUGCACCGGUCUAGCGAUGAGGCGACCGCAUCGAGUUACUUCUACUUUAGUCGUUCGCCGGGCCAUUCCAUUCAGCUGGGCUCGUUGCCGUUGGAUGGACACAGCGUUCCCCAUCUGUUGACUGAAAGUGCACGGUUCUAUCCGGUGGUGAAGAGCGUGGAGUACGAGCUGGACAGUGGUGAAGAAGAGGGGGAUGAGAAGGCGAAUGAGGAUGAUGAGGACGAUGAGGAAGAGGAUCAGCAUCACGGGCAGGCGUACAGAGUGGUGGAGCAUGGACCAGAAGAGACAGAAGAGUCCAAAGGUUCUGCUUACGGUGAGGAACAUCACCAGAAGAAGGGCGAAAAGGGAGUGAAGGGAUACGAUUCGAAGCACAAGCUCGAGAAGGGCAGCAAGGGUAGCUACGGUAAGGAGGAUCAUGAGCAUCAGUACGGCCACGAAGGGGAUCGGAAACAUUCGCACCACGACGAAGGCUCGCACUACCACGAUCACCAUGCGGCAGCCAAACGGACCAAGGGUGGAAAGCAUCACGAGAAGAAGCACCACAAGAAGGGCUCGAAGACGACGGGUUACCACAAUGUGUACCACAAGGAUGAGUACAAGAAGGAGCACAUCUUCUACGAUACGGCUGACCAUCAGGGACAGUUCCGGAAGUACGGAUCGGCCCAUCAGCAUCACGCGGACGAAGCAGGAAAGAAGGCAAGCGGUGGCCAUGAGGAUCGUGCACAUCAGGACAGUAGCUACAAGAAGGAGGGCAGCAAGCAUCAGGGCAAGUACGAUGAGCAUCAUGCGGACCACAAGCAUCACCACGGACAGAAUGAGUACGAGAAGGUCGGUUCGGCGUACGGUCAGAAGCAUGGCCACCAGGGUGCCGGUGAGCGUGGUUACAAAAUCAUUCACCAGUAA